AUGGCUCCCGGGCCGGGCCGAAAUUUCGGCACGUCGGCCGGAUUUCAGGUCGGCCGGGCGGGGAAACUGAAGAUGGCCCGCACACGCUAAACGUUAGUCCGCUGACUUUUCGGACGGACUUGACGGUGGAACCCGCGACUUUUAUAUCAGUCUGUAGGGCAAACAGUAAGCACUAAUUGCUUACUGCACUCUGACGCAUCGAAGAUUGCAUCACCGCCUCGGCGCAGAGACGCUGUGCUCAUUAUUUUCCGGACAUGUAUAUACUCCUUUUCAGGUCCACCCAGAAGCAAGGAGUGAACGUCAUGUCAUCAAGACCACUUCCACAAAAGGCCGGACAAUUUCACAUAACACUAUAACCAAACAUGAUGUCAUAUCGCGUAGCAAUCAGGCUCGCGGCAAAUCUUCAACUUCAAUGUCGACGGAAAGGCCCGCAAAGCAACAAAAAACAAGACAAAAGAAAUGCCCACAAAUCUCAGGAUGCUCGAAGUUCGCCAAAUUGCUGGAUAUUCUCAGCGGAGGCUGUUUACCAUCUCCAACGAGAAAUCAAAACUUCGAGCCAAGCGAACGCCCUCAGAGCCCUCAGAUCGUGAUCAACUACAAUUUCGGAGAUGCUGGUUCUACAGGCGUUAGAAGUCUGCUGGAUGGACUAUUGACUUCGGAAGAGAAACGGAAAUUACUCAAGUCCCUUCUGCUCAAUAACUUUGAUUCUUGUGGAACAUGCCAAUGCUUGACCGCAAAAGGCCAUGUGAGAGCGGAGGACUGCCGGUUCAACAUCGAAAAAGGCGAUAUUGAUGAAGAAAAUGUAAGUAUAAAAUUUAUUUUAUUUUCAUAAAGUGCAUGGACAUUUGUCGCGCAACUUGCACAGUGCAAACGGCUUUUUUGAGGCUUGCACGGUGCAAAAGCCAAAAAAAAAAAUGAAAUGCACGGUGGAAUACAGAUAUUUUUUCGCGCUCGGUGCGGGGAGCUACAAAUGUCCAUGCACUUUAUGAAAAUACAAAAAAACGAGAAUUUCAGGAACAUACGAAACAGAGUUCAUCUGAUGACGCGGAUAACGCCGAAAGCGAACAAUCACACAGCAUCGAGGUAGAGUAUACUAACAUCAGUGGCUCCAAGUCAAAAAGGAACCGAGAACAACAAUAUAAAGUGCAUGACACACCUGACGUUCAGAAAAAAGUGGAUAUAAUACGGAAUACAGAAGUGUUGAGCAAUAGCGACACACAAGACGAAUCUUCUCCUACGGAACAAAGCUCUGUGUCAAGCGAAAAUUUGGAUGAAAUAAACGAAGUUGGCUAUCAAGGAAAUAACAAUGGUAAAUCUGUUACAAAGCAUACGCAAAAAGUGGAAAAGUUACCGUCAAAUCAAGAAGCCAGUCGAGAAAACCACCGUCACGGAUCCACGUCAUACGAAAGUGUUGAUGAAGAGAGUCCAGAGCGUCAUUUUGACUAUCAAACGAAAGACGACAAAGACGACGGCAAAAGAAGAGAAACAACUCACAUUAGUGAUCUUGACGAAGCGCAGAAACAGAAGCCAAAAGCUUCAAGGUAUGUGGAAAAGAGUCGCGAAACACACCAUGAAAUUGCUGACUCAAAAUUACAGUGGUAUAUCAAACAUUUUGGAGAAAUAGAGAGAGCAGAAAAAGGCCAACCUGGCGAUGAAAUUGUAACAGUAAUUGAGCGUGAUGCGCCGACGUUCACAGAGAAACACGAUGAGGGAAAUGAGCAUAUUACUCAUCAUUCAACUUCAACAACCUUCACAAAGCAUAAGUCCUACAGCACACACGUUAUUCAUGGCACUUCAACGAGCAAGAACAGCAAAUAUAGGAUGUUAAGAGGGCACGGAGACAAUCAGAAAGACAAGGAAAUGAUUGAAAAAUUUAAUCGUCUUCCAGAUAGCGACAGCGAGAGCUCAAAAGAAGUCAUCACGUCAAUGAAAAGUGGCACCCAUAGUAGGCUUACGACCUCUGAGGCAAAGACAAAAAUCUACUCUGUGAAACACAUAAAACGAAAAUAUUGGAAACAACUCCCGAUUGCGGAAAUAGUGUAUGAAGAAGACCGAUCGGGUGAGGUUAUAGAAGGCACAGUUAAAGUAAAGUAUUUUAACGGAUAUAACCCGAAAAGGCUUCGUGAUUUUGAUAGAGCUAGAGCUACAGAAAAGAAAGUUCAAAAAGACAUAAAGGAGGCAGAUUCCAGGCAGAGUUCGAGCGAUGAAGAUGACUUUCCAAUCAGCUCUGAUGAAGUUUCAAUCCGCAAGAGAAAAGUGAACAGACAAAUAGAAAAGGAUGAGCAAGAAGAAAAGGAGAUUGGAAUACCAUCUUCUCUGGAACAUCCAGACGCAAUACCAAGGAAGAAGAAGGCCAAGACGAGAAGGAGAGAACAAGGGUUCCUCGAAAUAUCAGCGUCAAAUGAGAGUAGUAACAAACAGACUCCAGAUGCGCAUUUGCCAAUCAGCCAUAAACCAAUGAGUAAAUAUGACAGCACAAGCAAAGAUGAAAGUAAAGAAGUGCUCGAAACAUCAGCAUCGAAUGAGAAGGAAGCAAAGGAGAGAAAAAACAAAACGGCACGGAACGAAAAAGUCAUUCCUUCUGAAAGCGAAGGCCCAGAAACGGUAAAAAGAAAGCGACUUGGUGGCUCGCAUUCCACCUCCUCGAAUCAAGCCAGCUCAGAAAGUGAUGAACACCAAGCUUCGACUUUAGUGAAGUACAAGAAUACUAGUUUCAAACUUGGAGUUCCAAUGCGGAAGCAGAAAACACCUGAGAGCCAGGAGGAGCUGGAAAUAAGCAGAAAACAUCGUAUAAACGGCACUACUAAGGUCCAAACGGCCGGUGGUAAAAAGCUAAGAGAUAGUCAAGGAAGCUACGAAGAAAGCAGAGAAGUCGUGGACUUGUCCGCAUCAAGCGAAAAAAGCAAACGCAGGAAGAACCAACAUUUGAACGAGAAGGAAGGUACCUCGUCAACAGGAGAUAACGAGAAAACAAAAAAGGAAAGGGCAAUGAUGGACAAAAAUGGUUCGAAUGAAAGUGACGAAUUAUUAGAGAUAAAGACGAGGCGUCAAAUCAAGGACAAGUUUAGAUUGGAAAAUUCAAAGCAGAGCUCUCCAGAAGCAACCGAUAAGGCUAAGAUCCAGGUGUCUUCAGUGAAAAAUCGAACUCGUUCUGCUUUGGAAAGGUCAACAGAAAAUGUAGACAAAAUUUUGGAUACUUCAGUAUCGGGUAAGCGAUAUUCCGUAUCAAGCAAACACGGCAAAGGCAGAAAGAACCAAUAUCCUUCGAAGACUGAUGACUCAGAGUCACACGAGAUUGGGUGGCCAAAGAAUCAGAAAUCGACAGUUCCGGGGCAUGAAGUGAGCGAGGAAACCUCUGAAAAGGGUGUAAAUCCAAAAAAUCCUAAAGAUCUUACGACGGCAUUCGAUAAGCAUCCAAAUAACCGAGAUAAAAUUAACCGCCACGGUAGUGAAGGGAGUGAAGAAGACAAGGAAAUAGUUGAUAUAUCAGCGUCGCCAGAAGCUCGUCGUUUUGAGAAAGGCCAUGAAGAUGCUAAAACUCCGAAGAGAAGGCAUUCUCAUAAAGAUGAUGUUGACGAUGGCGCAUGGAGCAAGGAAGACGAUGUUUCCACUUCGCACGAGGUCCGCUCAUCGUCGAGACAGCGGGUGCAACUAGACGGCUCAAACAAUAAAACGCCAAAUGAGGCUUAUGAUACAAAAGUAAAGCACAGGAGCUCAACAAAUUUUACAAUUGAAACAAGUAAAAUUCCUGUGAAGGGGAAAGCCAGAAAUCGCGACGAUAAAUCGGCCGUUGAUGGUUUGUCAGAAGAAUUUGAAGGCACCAGAAGAUUCGACAAAGGCUCUCACAAAGACGAAGAUAGGUCGAUACAAGCACAUGAUGUAAAAAAUAUAACAAUAAAAUCAGGUCAAAGUGUUAAUGAAAAGCACAAGAGUCAUGAGCGGAGUGAUGAAGAUGACGAAGUUAUCGACAUCUCAGCGUCAAAAGAGGAUGAUAAAAUAAAGAUGCCUAGACAAAAUAAAGAUGGGGUAAGCGAUGAAGUCAAUAGUAAUAAAAAGGUACAUGAAAAUGAAGGCAAAACAAAUCCUGGAAUAGAGAGACGAGGCUCCAAAAAAUAUCCAAAAGAAGGCCUACGUAAAAGAGAUGAAUGGAGUAAAGAGGAAAAAGAUAUUCAUGAUGGAUCCGCUUCAGAAGAAGAUCAUUUGUCCAAACAUCCACAAGAAAACGGGACAGAAGAGCCAAGUAGCGAAGUUCUCAAGAGGAAAACUAAAACGAAAUACGUAGAUUCAAAAAAGACCUCUAUGACAGGUGUUAAAAUCAAUACCAAGGAUAGAAACGAUGAGCAUAACAAAAAUCUGGAAAGGUCUGAAGGCCGAAUCCCACGAAAAGACAUGACAGAAGGGCCAAUUAACGAAGUUCUCGAGAGUGCAGCUAAAAAGAAGAACGCAGAUUCAACAGAGAAUGCAACGACAGCUGUUAAAAUCAACACCAAGGAUAGAAACGAUGAGCAUCUGGAUAGCAAGGUUUAUAAAUCACAUACUUCAUCGACUGAGAAGCAUGAGGGAGCCAGCCCACGAAGCAAUGAAAACGCCCAAUCAAGGAGAGUGUCUGGAACUUCUUCCAGUGAAACUGCUUCAAAAAACAUUGAUUCAACAAAGACUGCAGCGACAGCUGUGAAGAUUACUACCCAGGACAGAAACGAUGAGCACCUGGAAAGGUCUGAAGAGAAAAUGGAAAAAUUGUAUCCCUCCGGGAGCAAAGAAGCUCGUAACAAAGCAAUCUACAAAUCACAUCCUUCAUCGACCGAAAAACAUGAGGGAACUGGGCGAGUCGCCCCUCAAAGCAAUAAAAACACGCAAUCAAGGAAAGCGUCUGGAUCUUCUUUCCAAAAAAGUGGUGCAAGAUCAAUAGAACGAGAUGGAAGCUUGAUGAAAUCAGCAAGCAAGGAGGAGAAAGACAAGUCAAAGUCCAAUGAGAUAAAGGAUUCUGCAAAGCUAAAGCCAGACAAGAGCACAAACACGCCACAUGACAAAGAGGAAGAACAGAGGGCUCGCAACAGCCAAAUCAGUACAAAGAUACAUGUCACUGGCUCAAGUGCAGACCAAAAUAACGAAUCACGGCAGAAAAAUAAAAAGAAAUCGAGUAGUAGCAUACAGACUCCAGAUGAUCACUUGCCAAUCAGCCAUCAGCCAAUGCGUGAACAUGACAGCAAAACUCAAGAUGAAAGUAAAGAGGUCUUCGAAAUAUCCGCAUCAAAUGAGAAGGAAGGAAUAAAGAGUAAGAACAAAAUGGAACGUAACGGUAAAGGCAUUCCUUCUGAAACCGAAAGUCUGGAAACUAUAAAAAGAAAACGACUUGGUGGCUCGCAUUCCACCUCCUCGCAUCAAGUCAGCUCAGAACAUGAUGAUCACCAGGCUUCAGCUUCAGGGAAGCUCAAGAUUACUAGUUCCAGACUGGGAGCUCCAAUAAGGAAGCAGAAAACACCUGAGAGUCAGGAAGAGCUGGAAAUAUUAAGCAGAAAACAUCACAUAAAUGGCACCACUAAACUCCGGACGUCCGAUGGUAGAAAGUUAAGAGAUAGUCAGGGAACUUAUGAAGAAAGCACAGAAAUCUUGGACUUGUCAGUAUCAAGUAAAAACAGCAAGCGCAGUAAGAACAAUAACCAGCAUGCCAAAGAGAAAGAAAGUACGUCGGUAGAUAAUAAGGAAAUGAAGAAGAUGAAGCUCAAGAAUUCGAGUUUUGAGCGGAGGGCUCCAAUGCAAAAUCAUAAAACACCUGUGAGUCAGGAGGAGCUAGAAAUAAGCAGAAAACAUCAUAUUAAUGUGACUUCUGAGCUCCAGACUUCCGGUAGGAAAAAGUUAAGAGAUAGUCAAGGAACCUACGAAGAAAGCACAGAAGUCUUGGACUUGUCAGUAUCAAGUGAAAAGAGUAAGCGCAGCAAUAAGGACAGUCAACAUUCAAAUAAAAAGGAACGUAUGCCUUCAACGGUAGAUAGCAAGGAAACGAGAAAGAUGGAGCUCAAGAAUACUAUUUCGAAGCUGGGUGCUCCAAUACGGACGCAGAAAACACCUGAGAAUCAGGAGGAGCUGGAAAUAAGCAGGAAACAUCGCAUAAAUGGCACAAUUAAGGUCCAGACGCCUGGUGGUAGAAAGUUAAGAGAUAGUCAGGGAAGUUACGAAGAAAGCGAAGAAAUCUUGGACUUGUCAGUUUCAGGAGAAAAAAGCAAACGCAGAAAGAAUGAUAAACAACAUGUUAGAGAAAGAGAAAGUACGUCGGUAGACAACAAGAAAAUGAAGAAGACGAAGCUCAAGAAUACUAGUCUCGAACAGAAAGCUCCAAUACAGAAUCAAAAAACACCUGAAAGCCAGGAGCUCGAAAUAAGCGGAAAACGUCAUAUUAAUGUAACCUCUAAGCUGCGAUUGUCUAUCGAUAGAGGAAAAAAUUUAAGAGAUAGCCAGGGAAGUUACGAAGAAAGCAAAGAAGUCUUGGACUUGUCAGUUUCGGGAGAAAAAAGCAAAGACGGAAAGAACGAUAACAAACAUUCCAAAGAAAAAGAAAGUACGUCGGUAGAUAAUAAGGAAAUGAAGAAGAUGAAGCUCAGGAAUGCUAGUUUCGAACGGAGAGCUCCAACACAGAAUCACAGAACACCUGAAAGUCAGGACGAAUUGGAAAUAAGCAGAAAACAUCAAAUAAAUGUGACUUCGAAGCUCCAGACGUCCGGUGAUAGAAAGCUAAGAGAUAGUCAGGGAAGUUAUGAAGAAAGCACAGAAGUCUUGGACUUGUCAGUAUCGAGAGAAAAAAGAAAAGACAGAAAGAAUCAACACUCUAAAGUUAUGCCGACAACAGCAGAUAACAAGAAGACAAAACAGAUGGAGCUCAGGAAUACUAGUUCCAGGCUGGGAGCUCCAAUACGGAAGCAGGAAACACCUGAAAGCCAGGAGGAGCUGGAAAUAAGCAGAAAACAUCAUAUUAAUGGCACAAUUAAGCUCCAGACGUCCGGUGGUAGAAAGCUAAGAGAUAGUCAGGGAAGUUAUGAAGAAAGCAAAGAAGUCUUGGACUUGUCAGUAUCAACUGAAAAAAGCAAAGGCAGAAAGAACGAUAACCACCAUUCGAAGGGAAAGGAAAGUAUGCCAUCAACGGGAGAGAGCAAGAAGACAAAAAAGAUGGAGCUCCAGACUACCAUUUCCAAACUGGGAGUUCCAAUACAGAAUCAUAAAACACCUGAAAGUCAGGAAGAGCUGGGAAUAAGCAGAAAACAUCACGUUAACGUGACCUCUAAGCUCCAGGCGUCCGGUGGUAGAAAGCUAAGAGAUAGUCAGGGAAGUUAUGAAGAAAGCAAAGAAGUCUUGGACUUGUCAGUAUCAAGCGAAAAAAGCAAAGGCGGAAAGAACCAACAUUUCAAUGAGCAGGAAACAGUAGAUGACAAGAAAACAAUGAAGACAAAGCCUAUAAAGGACAAAAAUGGUCCGAACGAGAGUGACGAAUUACUAGAAAUAAAGACGAGACGUCAAAUCAAGGACAAGUUUAGUUUGACCAACUCAGAGAAGAGCUUUCCAGAAGCAACUGAUAGACCUAAAACCCUGUUGACUUCAGCGAAAAAUAGAACUCGUGCCGGUUCGGAAAGGUCGGCAGAAAAUGAAGACAAAAUUCUGGAUAUUACAGUAGCGGGUAAAGCGAGGCUCCAAAAUGAGAAGAAGAAUGAAAACAGCAUCAAGGCUACAAAGAACGAGAAGUCGCGAGGAAUUGAAGCUUUUAAAAAACAGAAAAUGACAAAAAAAGACAGCAUUACUGAGCCGGCACAGCGCACACACGUUGUAAAAACCUCAGGUGGAGAGUUGGGAAAUAAAUUAAAGACUCACUCAGAAGAGGACGACGAAACCUUUGAUGUUACGUCGCACGAAAUAAAAGAAAAACGAGUGAACAAGGAGGAGCAUCGAACUGGAACUCACAUACCUCAAAGUGCCGAAAGUCAUGGAGAAAACUCCGGGAUAUCAAGGCUAAUGGGACAGCGAAAGCCCACUGAGUAAGUAUUGAAAUAGGCUAAUAUCAGUCUGUCCACUAUUUUCCCGACAGACUUACAGUAACUUUAACUUACAGCACAAAAUCCCCAAAAGAAGAACGAAUUACCUCAGUAAGCCAGAAAACAAAAGAGAAAACAGGGAAAACAAAGAAAGCAGCUUCAGAGGAAAGCGACGAAAUCCUUGAAAUCUCCAGUUCCAACGAAAAGAAAGAUCGGUAAGUCCGCAACGCUAAAUUGACUUUCUCGCCGUAGGAAAGCACCCAAAAAUGCACUUGCACACGCUUAA